AUGGCAGCAAACGAGAAGCACGAGCCCGUCACCUUUGGCGUCACCAUUGAGAAGCCCUCGGCGAGCCCACAACCACAACCCACCCAGCCGCUGCUGCAAUCUCCCCCGGCCCUGCGCUCACCCCCAUCGAACGAGUCCACCAUGUCGACCACCUCGGCCGACCUUGCACACAAAGAAAUGGGCGUCGACAGCUCAAACCCCUACUCGGCCUUUUACAAGCACCCCGAGGCCCGCCGCUCCAUGGACGCCAGCAGCGCGCCCCAGAGCAAAGUCCACCUCGACAUCCACACGUUCGAGCGCGACCCCGAAGCCGGCCUGCCCCUCAGCGCCGCCACCACACAGCAGCCCAAGUCGUCGGUCGACGGCCGCGUCAAGGAGUGCACCAUGUGGCCGUCGCGCCAGGCCGUCAUGGACCAGCGCAAGACAUACAAGCGCGCCCGUGGCUGCAAUCUGUUCAAGAACUUGACUGGCAAGCAGAGACUGUGGGCUAAGAUCAUCAUUGCUCUCGUCGUAGUCGCCGCUGCUGUGGGGUUGGGUGUGGGCAUCUCGCGCGCUGUUGGCGGCGGUGUAUGGGCCGGUCAGGGAAGGAGCAAGGAGAUUCCUCACAACUGAGGUGUGUGUGACGGAGUGGCUUUACAUCGGACCCACUACACCGCACCGCUCUUGCAACGACGCCUACCCAAAACGUUUCUCCAGCAUUCUACAUUUUUCGAUAUCCCCUUUCUCCAGCUGUCCAUUGCUUCUAGUCCCAUGUAAAUAUCAUUCAACUGUUUCUUUUCCUUUGCGUUGCGUCGUUCGCCCAAUCACAGCAUCUGGGACACAUUACUUGGGUAUUAUCUUGCAAACGGCGUUUUUCUCUGUCGAACCAUGAAUGAAGGCAUGAAAUCGAGCCUCUGUCACCCUUGUUAGUGUACACGCAUGGCGUCCGAACUUGUUUGUUUAGGGGGUUUCUGUCUUUCUUAUCACAGAGCAAAGGGCUACAUGUGUGCAUCAAGGAGGCAUUACCUUUGUGGCGGAAUACAAGAUUUAGGCAGUGAGCAAUUGAAGUUGCUGAGCUUUUGGGCUGAGGGUUACUGCACCUAA